AUGAAUUUCAUUAUAUUUCUUCCGGUAAUCGUUGGGCUUUCCUUCGUAAAGUCCGCAGUUGACGAUCUUGCUCUAUUAGAGAAACAAAAAUUCCUUUUCGAAAUUGUCCACCGUAUUGAAGAUCCGCCGAUGUUUGAAGAACAUAUACGGCUGGGGCGUACACUUGUCUACAACAAAGAAAAGUAUCAGCAAUUCGAUGCCAAUAUGAAGGCUUUUUAUGAAUCCCACAAACAAGGCGCACUCCUGCCCAGAGGUGAAUUCUUCGGCGCACUCGUUAAAUCUCAUCACGAACAAGCCCACGGGCUAUUCAACUACUUCUACUUUGCGAAGGAUUUGGCAACCUGCCAACAAAAUAUCGCUUGGGCGCGCAUUCAUGUCAACGAAGGCAUGUUCGUCUACGCGUUGACUUUGACAGUCAUUCAUCGUGAUGACUUCAAGGGUCUGAUGUUGCCUACAAUCUAUGAAAUACUGCCGAAAUCUUUUUUCAACAGUAAGCUGAUACACGCUGCAGAGAAGUUCGAUUACAUUACUUGGAGCAAGUACAGUCAAUAUGAGCGGGAACUUGACGGUUUUGAACAGAAAAGCAACAAAUACCUCCACGAUGAUUACUUCUACAUGAAAGACUUCAAGACCUACCAAUGGUGGAAGCUGAUGGAUCUGGCUGAACACUGGCAUGCCGCUGAGUGGCGUUUUCCUCUACGUGAAAACAGUAAGGAUCUAAUCGCUGACAUUGAAUAUGCCUCAGUCAUGAAAAAUGUUCAAAUGUUCUGGCAUCCAGUUGAUUACACGCGCGACAUAAAAGAUCUCAACGAACACUCAGCAUUGUCAUACUUCACUGAAGAUUUGGGCUGGAACGAACACUGGUACAACUUGAACAUGGAUUAUGCUUUCUUCCUGGAGGGCAAAACUUUCAGUUUGGACAAAGAUCGGCGUGGUGAGUGGUGGCUAUUCAAUGUUGAUCAAAUUCUGACUCGUUACUAUAUGGAAGUCUCUUCCCAUGAACUGGGAAAAAUACCAAAAUUAUCAUGGUGUCAGCCCUACGAAUAUGGUUAUAAUCCACACUUGAUCUCACAUAAUGGUGUUGGUUACGGCUCGCGUAUAAACCACUUCGAUCACCAAAAGAAUGGCAACUGCGAAGGGUUGGAUUAUAUGAAAGAUGGAUUUAAACGGAUCUUUGAUGCCAUAGAAUCUGGUUUCCUUACCAAUAAUAAAGGUGAAAAAGUUGAUUUGCAUACGCCAGAAUCUGUUGAAUAUAUCGGCAGCUUAUUGCAAGGCAACGUUGAUGUUGUAGACAAGAACUACUUCCGCUACUGGAGUAUGCUCAACAAUAUGUACUUGGGUAAUGUGGCAUUAGAUGAUUUCAUAGUAGAACCAAGCGUUAACUUGAAUUUCGAAACAAUGAUGCGUGAUCCCAUUGUGUACUCUUAUUACAAGAAGAACGUCGAUGCCUUUCACCUUUACAAAUAUAAACUGGAGCCUUACACUACUGAAGAGCUUUUAAUGAAGGAUGUGAAAAUCGAAAAUGUUGAGGUCAGUGAAUUGGUCACCUAUUUCGAUUGGGUGGACUUUGAUGUGAGCAACUUAUUGAAUGAGGAAAUGGUCUUUAAUGAUGGUAAGCUCGUUUGGGAUAAAUCAUUGUAUGCACGCCAAAUGCGUCUUAAUCACAAGCCAUUCGACUAUGAAGCCAUUGUGCGUUCUGAGAAACCACAGAAAGUUGUAUUGCGCGCCUUUUUUGGUCCGAAAUUCGAUGCUAAUGGACGUAUUAUUUCGCUUAAAGAAAAUCACUUUAUAGAAUUUGACAAGCUCGUUCAUGAGUUGGCAGCUGGUGAGAAUAGAAUCAAACGAUCUUCUGAUGAUUUUUACUGGACCGUAAAGGAUCGCCCCACCUACACCGAAUUGUAUCACCAACUGAGGGCUGCUAUGGAUGGCAAACACGAAUUGCCUUUGAACAUUAGCGAACCAAGCUGUGGCUUCCCAGAUCGUCUUCUCUUGCCCAAGGGUUGGGAGAGUGGUUAUCCAAUGCAAUUCUUCUUCCACAUUGCGCCAUACGAAGGCUCUGGUGAAGGUUAUGAUUCGACCACCUACUGCCGCAUCGGUACCGGUGAACGUCAUAUUGAUAACAGACCAUUCGGAUAUCCGCUGGAUCGUCCAAUAAAUGAAAAUCAGUUCUUGACGCCGAACAUGUACUUCAAGGAUAUAAGUAUCUACCAUUACAAUACGCUUAAACCCCAUAGUGGCAUAUUUAAAAACUUUAGCGAGUUCGAUUAUACUCUUCCUAAUGUUUCCUUCAGCAAAUGCUUUCUUUAG